AUGAACACUACAGAAUGGUAUUUACAAGGAUGGAUUGAAAAACUAAAGAUUAAUCGGCGAUAUUACACACCGAUUCCAACAAAAAAAAAUGAAAACACCAGAAAAAAAUUAGAUCCGCAUAAUGUUUGGUUAAAAAACCAUCCUCGUUCGAAAUGGAUACAGAAACAUACUACAACUGCCCUAACUGAUGCUUAUGGUAAUUUAGAAAGUACAGGAGCACAAAGACCCGAUUUGGCCUCUGGUUUAUAUAGCUAG